GCGCCCUGCAUGGCAGGGGAAAACCUACGCAGUAUCUAUCAACGAACGAUGAUACACACAUCGGGAAAACCCUUUUUUAUUUACAAUUAAAUCAACGGGGAUAAUAAAGAUUGCCUCCGGGACCUAGGCUACCAGAAGUUACUAUAUCCAAUGGGCGUCUUCAAGCUUUUAAAUACUUUUGAACGCGUGUGCAUACAGGAAUGUGCCGUUUUUGGGGCGAAGACUUUACAUUUACAGUGACCGUAAUAUAAUUUGUAUUCCAGCUCAAAACUUUUGGCUACAAAAGCCAUGGUGUAAAAACGGCAUGUCUCGUUUCAUCUGGCCAUGAUGGAUUUUUGUUAUUUACAUACAAGUAUCACAAAGGAGCGGCAUGUAGCUCGCCUGUUUCUCCAAAUCCCUGAAUAGGUGUUUUCGGUGCGUGCAGAACAAACCAGAAUAGUCCCCUUACACUGGUGCGCAACUGUAACGCAAUUUCUAUCACAUUCUUUUUGGAAGCAGCAUUUGAUCAACGAGGAAUAUUCGCGGAAUAAGCAUUGUUACCCACCCUUUUUUUUUUAAAUCGCCACAAAAUAGCUUGUUGUGCGAUCGUCUCAUCAAAAGUGAGKCGUUUUUAUUUUGUCCCUUUCGCUUAUUGCAAAAAGUGAUUUUUUUUGUUUUCAAAGCUACACGGUGAGUAAUCCACCACGCUACUCUCUAAUAAAAGUGCCCGUGCGUGUAGGAGCGUACAGUCAAAUCAUCAUGAGGAACAGCGAGGAGGCGGAGGGGUUUGAUGGCGAGGCCUCCAACACUUCCAUGAUCUCGGGAGCAAGUAGCCCAUACCAGCCCACCACCGAGCCCGUACACUCAAGGAAUGUUUUGGGUGGCAUUAGGUGUGACUUUGAGUACCUGAAGUCACACUUUGGCAUAUUAAAGGCCGUUGAAGUGGCCCUGGCCCUCAUAGCCUUCAUUUGCAUAGAGACCAUCAUGCUGUGCCUACCCUGCGGAGGGGUCUACUUCUUUGAGUUUGUCAGCUGCAGUGCCUUUGUAGUCACCGGCGUCCUCCUCCUCAUCUUCAGCCUCAGUCUGCACACCAAAGUGCCCCACGUCAACUGGAGCAUGACGGACCUGGUCAACACUGCAGCCAGCACCGUCUUCUUCUUCCUGGCUUCUGUGGUCCUGGCUGCUCUCAACCACAAGUCCGGAGCCGAUAUCGCAGCAGUGAUAUUUGGCUUCCUGGUGACGUGUGUGUACGCUGUGAACACCUUCCUGGCUGUGAAGAGGUGGCGUAUGGGUGACGGGCGCUCAGUGGCGGUCCAGACCAGUGAGUACAUGCGAGCCCGCACUGCCUCCCGGGGAGAGAUGGAGGCACGGCCUGACCUGGCCUGAUGGAGGUGACAUUCUGAGACCAAGACUGACAUUUAGGGCUUCUAUCCUACCAUACCCUCUCUCGCACUACCCCCUAGUGACAUAACCAAUCACUGUACCCACUCCAUGGAUGAGCACGGCAGCCUCUUUACUUGGGGGUCUCCUUUGGCGAGAGUCCCUCAAAGCCUGGACCCAGAGCCCUAGCCCCCUGAGAGUACCAAUACACAGACUGGGUCAGAGAUCUUCUUCUGUCGACAGUCAUCAAGAGAAUUGACUUGAUGUUAAUUAAGUGUUUUUCUGGUUUUGAAUUCAGCGUGGUUUGAAAUCUUGCUCCAGUGUUUUGUAAAUGCUCUUAACUGUGUGACUUGGUAUGUAUGGCCGCCAGCACGUACUGUACAGGGUUUGGUGGUUAUGUUACUUGCAAUACGUACAGGUAYRACUGUCUGUUUAGAUAUGYAAUGGUUUUUUAACGUUACAGAUCUGACACACAAUGAGAACAACAAUUUAAUGAAUUCAAUUGAUUUCUAUAUUUUUUAACAUGGAAAAAAAGGACCAAAGGCUUAGGCCUAUUCGUUAAGGCAGGUCAACCGGUUAUUAAGGUUAUGAACUCAGAUACUCCUGAAACACAUUCCCAACACAGUUCAGUUCCAUAAUGUCAUUACAUUUCAGUUGUGUCUCCCUCUGUAGAAGAUGUAAAGUAACCAACCUCAGUGUAUCUCACUAAUACACAACACCCAACCACAUGGACUUUUGAAUGAAAAUUGAAGGUAUUCGUUUUUGACUAUUUUUAUUGAAGGACUUGAUUUAGUUUCUUCAGAAAGUAUUCAUACCCCUUGACUCAUUCCACAUUUUGUUGUUACAGCCUGAAUUCAAAAUGGAUAAAAUA